AUGAUUAACCAUAUGGCGACGAAACGAUUAGGUGUGGGGGUCUUCUUGCUCAUUACCUUCUGUUUAGACCGCAAGAGUUUGGCCAGCGGGAACAGCGAGACGGUCAGCACCCCAAUCGACCACCGUGACCAUAUCAACCGUGUUAGCGAUGAACGGUUCAGCAAGUACAUAGGGAAGGGGUACGACAUCCUGUUCGGCUACCCACUGCCAAACAACGAGCUCGUGGAAGACCCAGGAUUUAGAAACGAAAUAUUUGACACGAGAAAUUCUGUGGACAUGAUCAACCAAGUUGCCUGUCACAGAGACGAAUAUUUCAGCUUCGUCGAAGGGAUCAAUGAUGUUACUCACUUAGCCAUGGAUAAUAUAAACGUUGAAGAUGUGAAUACCAGCAUAGUUCCCUUUUCUGCCUCCAUGCCGUAUAAAAGCUACUUUGCCGACUUAGAAAUAGGAAGGAAAAAAUACCUAGUUGUACAGAACAGCUGUGUGCACAAAUACGUAACGUACAACUUAAGAGACUCCACAAGGCAUAUUAAUAGGGAGUUCUUACUGGAGACGGAUAAAUUACCCAUUUUGGAAAAGAAGGAUAAUGAAAAGGAAUGCCUAGUGGGGGGGUUCCUUCACAGUGCGAGGAACGAAAGGUGCUCAGGAAGCAUAAAACUGUGGAUUGAUUUUUUCCAGAAAUAUGGAACCCACUUAGUUGUGUCUGCACACUUUGGGGGGCGGUCUUUUAACUCGUUGGAAGUUUCCCGUCGUACGAUGGAAGAAGCGAAGAUAUACAGCUAUAAGUACCCCCUCGCGAACGUCCCCAACUUGGACGUAUUCAGGGAGGCAUUGUUACUACAGGGGGGUCCCAAACGGGGGAGUGCCGAUGGUAGCGGUGGUGACCAUAUUCUUAACCAGCCGCAUAACCAGCUACAUGGUGAGCCACUUAACAAAGCGCCCCCCAUGGGGGAGAAGAUCGCCAGCCUGGAUAUCCGUGGGGGAAACCAAACCUACAACGGGUGGAACCAACUGACGUACGCAGUCUGGAAGGACUCCAUUUAUACCAACCUACUUCCAGUGCACCUGGACUUAAUUUCAUUGAGUUCCUUCAUGCGUAAGGAAAAAAAGGAAUCCUACGACAAGGCCCUCAUUUACUACAAUAGCCUCUACGGAAUGGACAAGGAAAAGUACUACCUGUCGCAGGACAUUAUAGAUGUGCUGGCUGAUGGAAAGCAAAUAACAGGAUCGGCCAAAGGUUCGCUCAUUUUAAGUUGCCCUGUUGGUUAUGUUAAGAGUACAGGAUUUAUCCUCACCUAUGACACAUCAGAGAGACCGAAGGGGAAUGCAGCCAAGAGGGGAGAUGCAACAAAGGAGGGGGACGCACCCAAGAUCCGUGUGUACCCCUGCCUCAAUAACGGAGAGUACGAUAUUUCAUGCUCCCACAUAAAUGAAAGCAAUUCUGUUAUUUCCUUCGGAUGGCUGUAUUGCGUGAAGUACAGUUUUGUUCAGUUCGAAACGUUUUAUGCAAAUGGAAGUCACGCUUCAGGGGGAACAUCGCUGGAGGGUAAGUGCUCAGAGGGAAAUAGCAUAGCCUUUGGGUUUAAAAUGAAGUUGGAAAAAAAUAAAAAUUUGGCCAGCAUGAAAGUGAAGGCAUGUCCUGUCGGUGAAGCCAAGUGUGUAAUUAGUCAUGAGAAGGCCAAUUCUGAUUACCUACUGUGGGGGUUCUGCGCCCCCCUAUCUUUUCACAGUAUCAACUCGUUGCAGGUGACAUACAUUAAACAGUCCAACGUGAUGACCGACGUGCAGGGUGCUUGUUCCGAUGUGCAGAAAAAUAAAUACGAUAACAUAUUCCUUGGGUUUUCCUUCUCUUUUGACGAUGAACUGGGGCACGUUGAUGUGUCUCCUUGCGGGAUGAAGACCAAGAACUGUGUCCACAAAGUGGGCAAAAAAGCGGCGAAGGGAUAUGCGGGUAUGUUCCUGCUGUGUAGGAAUGACGGUGGCACCCGGAGGAAGUUUUCUUCCCCCACGGGGAUGCUGCUAUGA